AUGGACGGCGAGCCUCACCACAUCCACCUGGCACCCGACGCUGUCCCCUACGCCUGCCACACGCCCGCCUCGGUGCCGAAACACUGGGAGGAUGAGGUGAAAGCCCAGCUUGAAGACGACGUACGGCGAGGCGUCAUCGAGCCCGUCCCAGCAGGGGAACCCACGGAGUGGUGUGCCCGCAUGGUUGUGGUAGCAAAGAAAUCAGGGCAACCGCGGCGCACCGUCGAUUACCAGCGCCUCAACGCCGCAUGCUGCAGAGAGACACACCACACCCCCGCCCCCUCCGACAUGGUGUCUAGUGUCCCCAAACAUUGCUUCAAGACAGUGGCUGACGCUUAUUGGGGGUACCACCAAGUCAGGCUGGACGAGGAGAGUCGAAGUCUCACCACCUUCAUCACCCCAUGGGGAAGGUUCAGGUACCUCCGGACCCCCAUGGGCCACUGUUCUGCUGGCGACGCAUACACAAAGCGCUUCGAUGACGCCAUCCAAGGCAUCGUGAGGAAGCACAAGUGUAUCGACGACACCCUCCUCUACGACAGCAACAUCGAAGACGCAUUCUGGGACACGUACGAGUUUCUGGCGACCUGUGCAGCCAAGGGGAUUACUUUGAAGCCUGAAAAAUUCCAGUUCGCACGGAGGGAGGUGGAUUUCGUGGGUUUUCGCCUCGGCUGGGAGGAGUACAAACCCACAGACGAGCGCCUAGCGGCAAUCAAAAGCUUCAGGAUGCCUGACAAGCCCUCCAUCUCAGACAUCAGGUCGUGGUACGGGUUUGUCAAUCAACUUGCCCCAUUCCUCGCCACAGCCCCAAUCAUGAACGCCUUCAGGGAGCUCCUGAAGAAGCCGUGCGGAAAGGCUGUGUACUGGGACGAGCACCUGCAGGAGAAAUUCCGCCGCGCUCAGGACACCAUAUGCCAGCUUGCAAAGGACGGCCUGGCAUAUUAUGACAAAACCCGCCCCACAGUUGCCCUCACAAACUGGAGCAGGGAGGGCAUUGGAUUCAUUAUCCUGCAGCAGUUCUGCCACUGCUCGUCUGCUGCCGCUCCCUUCUGCUGCAGGGCGGGCUGGCGUCUGGCCCUGUGCGGAAGCCGCCACCUCACGGCCGCCGAGACUGGUUACGCCGCGGUAGAGGGGGAAACCUUGGUUGUGGUGUGGUGCCUCCAGAAAGCCCGGCUGUUCUUGUUGGGGUGCCCGAACCUCACCAUCGUCACCGACCACCGCCCUCUCACCAAGCUGCUGGGGGACAGGGCCCUCACAGAAGUCAUCAACCCACGACUCUUCCGGCUCAAGGAGCGAACGCUACAGUACCGCUUUCAAGUCAAAUAUCUGCCAGGAAAAAGGAACGCCACAGCCGACUUCCUGUCCAGGUACCCAGCCCUCAGAAGCCCCACCACAGACACCGACGCCAACCUGAAUGAGGACUUCACCGAGGCAGUAGCAGCCGUGGUCAUCGCCACAGCCGAACACGAGGGUCACGUUCUCGACGAGUCAGCGGUGAGGAAAUCUGCAGCCGACGACCCUGUCUACCAACUACUACUGGCCAAAGUGUUGGCCGCGGACUGGCACCCGCACAAGGCGCAAGAAGUGGCCUGCCUGCGCCCGUUCUAUGGCGUGAGGGACCAGUUGGCAGUCUCUCAAGACCUUGUCACAUACACCUUUGACCAGGGUUGUGUGCGACUCGUGAUUCCUGAGCCCCUCCGCCCACAGGUAGCAGCAAACUUACACGCUGGUCACCAAGGGCUAGAUUCCAUGCUGCGGAGGGCAAGGCAAUGUGUAUACUGGCCCGGGUUGGAAGGGGACCUGCAGCACUACCGGGCGUCGUGCACGUCAUGCGAGACGCACGCUCCCUCUCACCCCUCAGAAACACUUGUCAUCACGCCGCCCCCAGAGUACCCAUUCCAAUCCACAGUGGCGGACAUGUUUCAGCAUGAGGGGCACACCUACAUGGUCUACGCUGACAGGCUCACUGGAUGA